CCUAUCAGUGCCACCUAUCAGUGCCGCCUAACAGUGCCAGUCAGUGCCACCUAUCAGUGCCAUCAGUGCCACCUAUUAGUGUCCAUCACUGCAGCCUCAUUAGCGCACAUCAGUGAAGGAGAAAAAUCACUUAUUUACAAAAUUUUAUAACAAAAACUAAGAAAACUUUUUUUUUUCAAAAUUUUCAGUGGUUUUUGGUUUGUUUAAGAAAAAAUAAAAAACCCAGAGAUGAUUAA